UUGAUUUUGUUCAAUUUUCUUAAAUUUAUACGUGUUUUGGAACCAUUUCACUUUAAUCAAUCAUUAAACAAUUAAAGUUAUACCCAAUAAUGUUUACAAACAAGGAUGAGCAGGAGAUGAAAAAUCUCCACAUCAAGGAAAUAAAAAAAUUCAAAGAUAAUUGUUUGAAAUUAGAAAUUUUGAAACGGAUAUCUAUCAAAGAUUUUCCCAGUGAUCUAUCUGAAAACUCAAGAAAAAAUAUUGAAAAGGCACUGCAAAUUAUCAAGAUCAAAGAUUAUAUUAAUUUGGGGAAUGAGCAAAAACUGUUAGGAUUGAAUGAACUUGAUCUAGACAAGAUUAAUUUGAGUUAUUCAGACAAGAAGCUUAUAAGAGAGCGUGUUGAAUAUUACUUGGAUAUUGAAAGAACAAAAUGUGAAGCACUCGCUAAAAAACACCAUGAAAUUGAUGAGGAACUUCAACGAAAUCAAGAUCAGUUCAUUGAAAUUGCGCAAGAAAAUAUUUCAAUGGGACAAACGCUUGUUGAAUUGAAAAACCAGGAAAAAGAUCUGUUGAUAAAGGUUGCCCAAGAAAUGUCAAGUCCAUUACAAUUGAAACAAGUUGAGAUUAUUCACGAUGAAGCAAAAUCUCUCGAACUCCAAAUAAAAGCUUGGAAUGUUGCCAUUCAAAAGAAUGAAUUGGAGAGGACCCAAUCAGCAAAAGAGGCAAUCCUGGAAGUGUCGGCUAACAUCGACGAACUCAUAAAACGAAAAGAAGAAAGAGAGGCGAAAAAAGUUAAAUAAUUUUCAUUUCGAAGCAUUUGCUUUAUUUUUAUUUCACCUUUUUCAUUUCCUCAUUGAAUUAGUUACAAUUUUCAUUUGAUUCUUAAUUAUUUUUCCAUUUUACAAACAGUUGUUGGAAAUCUUUUUUGGAAAUAUUAUUGGUACAUUGAUUAAGUUCUCUUUUACUUCUUUUUAUAAACCAGCAACUUCUUUAUGCAAUGGUAGAUUUAAUCUAAAUGCCGCUGAAGCGGAGGUGGAAUAAAAGGUUUGCACAAUUGAAAUAUUGAAGCAAUUCUUUAUUUAACAUCUUUGAUCUUGAGUUAGAUUUCAAUAGAGCUCAAUUAGUUUUGACUAUUCUCAUGAUUAUGCAGCAUCUAGCGAAGAGCUACAUUCAUGCUAGAUUUAAAAUUAUGCAAUUUUAUUGAGUAUAUUUUUAAUACCAUGUUAUAAAUUGUUAUAUUUAUAUUGUUUGAAUACGGUAAGGAUGAUGACCUCCGUUAUUAGUUAGAGACGAGAAAGCUUUCUCUUUAUCGAAUGAAUCAAAAUGACAAUCAUCCUACUCAACAUUCCUUUUCUAGACUUUAUUUAAUUUUACUUUCAAAGGUGCAUGCAGCGAAGAAACUUUUUUAUGCAACUGGUAUAAAAAAAUAAAACGAAGCUCUUGAAUUAUUUUGAAGAUUAUUUAAAAUGUAAUGCAGCAGAGAUUAACUGACUCCUUUCAAUCAUCAUUAUUAUUAUUUUGAUGCACUUGAAGGACAUUGUGAUGAGAAGUAAAUUUUCUCCUACGCAUAAAUAGCAAUUUUCAGUAAUAUUCAAACAGAAGAUUAACAUCCAAUUACUGUCUAAAGCAGAUAUUUAAAGUUGCCAUGAAUGUACAACUAACAUUGAUUACACUUUAUCUGUUUGUCAAGUUUUUACUAAAAUUUACACUAAAGCUAAACAAACAGUUGCUUUAUGAGGGUUGAGAUUUGAGAAUUGUGUCGUUAACAUGAAU